CUCAACAUUGAGCUUGCUUUUCCUCCACACACUCCACCGUCCCUCUAUCUUCCAUUCAUCAUUUAAUCCUUUAUUCUUUGUGAAGUCCAGUCCAUCGUCUAGUUAGGAUAGUUCAAGCUAGAGAAGUUUCUGCAACUACUUUUGUUAUUGCCUGUUAGAUCAGAUAAAGAUAUAGAAGUUUCUGCCAUAGUUCAAGGUGAAGAAAUAUCUGCAAUUCUUGGAUAGAUUAGUCUGCAAUGCCAAAGAAGGUGAAGGAAAAGAAGAGGUGGGCAGAGGAGGGGGAGGAGUAUGUGAAAUCUGCAGCUUGGGCUUGGUAUCUGCACAGAUCAAAAGCAUCUUGUAAAUUUGUGAAAGAGUCUGAUGUUCAUGCCAUAGUUAUAAGAGGAAGAGGAAGCAGUGCAGGUCCCUCCAGGUUCAAGCUAGAAGCCAUGGGACUCCUCAAUAACAAAUCCUUGAUAAAGAUCAAAUUUCCCCUGUUGGAAAGGAUUGAUAGUUCAAAUUCUUCUGAUGGGUUAGCAAGUAUAUUCAUGGAUGAAUCUGAUCUGAUGAUGGAAUCCCAUGAGAGCUCUUUGUUGGAUUCAUAUGAGAUGGGGGCACUCUGCAAGCAAUUGCAGAGCACUUUUGUUAAUGGUGGAGGUCUUCCUGUUAGUACAGCUGUGGAACAUGGGAAGAAAUCUGUGGAACAUAGGAAGAAAUCUGUGGAACAUGGGAGGAAAUCCCUGGAAAAUCAUGAGAAAUCACUGAUAAUUAAAGAUGUUUUAUGUAAGAAAGAGAGUUCAAGCCCUCCAAGGGUUAGGUUUCCUUCUCAUAUUCAGUCUAGAUGGAUGCCCAUCAUGUGUAGUUUGACAGAUGUGGUCAUCCCUAGGCCUGCAAAUCCUUCCCUCAGGAAGGCUAAUACAUCUAGAUUUAGAUCCUAGUUACAUGUAUCUAUGAGUCAACAGAACAGUGGGUAAUGCAUUUCUCUUUUGUAGUACAGUGGGCAAGGCAUUUUUCUUUUGUAGCACAGUUAAGUGCUUUCAGUAAGGAGUACGGAGUAGUUUCGUAUUGUCAUAAGUCAUUUGUAGAUCUAUAUACAGAUGAUCUGACAUCGUAGACUAUAAAGAAAUCUUUCUUUUUUUCUUCUUUAAAACCAGAAAAUUGAAUUGCUCACGGAACUUCCACCCCUUGACUCACAAGUUCACCUGUCUUGAGUAAGUCCAUGAGAUUGGAAUAAUAUCAUGGUUACUAAACAUUCUUUGGAAUUUUCCUAGCUACAAACCAGUGCCAAAAAUGUGAUGCAGAAUGAUUCCAACAGAGAAACAUAUGAUGAAGAAUGAUUACAACAGUGUUUUUGUUUCUGUGACUUUUUGUGAAUGAAACACAUAUUCUAUUUGCCUGUGA